AUGUUUCUUUUAGAUUGGUUCUAUGGAGUUCUUGCAUCUCUUGGUUUGUGGCAAAAAGAAGCCAAGAUUCUUUUCUUGGGUCUUGAUAAUGCUGGCAAGACAACCCUUCUCCACAUGUUAAAAGAUGAGAGAUUAGUGCAACAUCAACCUACCCAGCAUCCAACAUCAGAGGAAUUGAGUAUUGGAAAAAUCAAGUUCAAGGCUUUUGAUUUGGGUGGUCACCAGAUCGCUCGUCGUGUUUGGAAAGAUUACUAUGCCAAGGUAGAUGCCGUGGUUUACCUAGUGGAUGCCUAUGACAAGGAGAGGUUUGCUGAGUCAAAGAAGGAACUGGAUGCCCUCCUUUCAGAUGAAUCCUUGGCUAAUGUCCCGUUUCUGAUUCUAGGAAACAAGAUUGACAUUCCCUAUGCGGCUUCAGAAGAUGAGCUUCGUUUUCAUCUUGGGCUCAACAAUUUCACCACUGGCAAAAAGGGAAAGGUGAAUCUUGCGGACUCCAAUAUCCGUCCCCUGGAGGUUUUCAUGUGCAGUAUUGUCCGCAAGAUGGGAUAUGGCGAUGGCUUUAAGUGGAUGUCUCAAUACAUCAAGUAG